UCCCGCUGCUGCUCGCGCGCAUAUUGUCACUGCGGCGUGUUCAACUACAAAGGCGCUUCAUUGUCAGGAAGGAGCUGAUCUUCUAGAGAGACGAGCCGGCGGCAUGAUUUAUGAAUGAACGAAUGCUUACGCCACUCGUCCGCCCGCCCGCCCAACAAAGUAAGACGCAGCGCAGCCACCUCCUCCUGCGCACCCCCCUCCUCCCCGUCCGCCCCUCGCUCGGAGACGGCUGCCUGCACUGCAGCACUGGUGGACAGCAGGAAUCGGCGAAUCUGCCUCGGACAUCCUCUGCAUGACCAUCACAAAGAUGUCAUGGCACCCUCAGUAUCGCAGUUCCAAGUUUCGCCACGUCUAUGGCAAACCUGCCAACAAGGAGAACUGCUACGACGGGGUGCCCAUCACCAAGAGCGUCCACGACAAUCACUUCUGUGCCGUAAACCCCUGCUUCAUCGCCGUCAUCACCGAGUGCGCGGGAGGCGGGGCCUUCCUUGUCAUUCCCAUUAGUCAGACUGGAAAAAUUGAUCCUCACCAUCCUCGAAUCUGUGGCCAUAAAGGGAAUGUGCUGGACAUUAAAUGGAAUCCAUUUGAUGAUUACUCAAUAGCAUCCUGUUCUGAAGAUGCAAUUGUUAAGGUUUGGGAGAUCCCGAAACAUGGAUUGUUGAAGAACACCAUGGUUCCACAGAAGGAGCUUCAGGGCCAUUCUAGGAGGGUUGGACUCAUUGAGUGGCAUCCCACUGCUGGCAAUGUUCUCUUCAGUGCCAGUUACGACUAUAAGAUAAUGAUCUGGAACCUGGACUGUCCAGAGAGUGUCAUCAAGAACCCCGUGAAAACAAUUGGCCUGCAUGACGACGUGAUCCUCUCCAUGUCCUUCAACACCGAUGGCAGGCUCCUGGCUACGUCUUGCAAAGAUAAGAAGAUACGAGUCAUUGACCCUCGCUUAGGGGUCACUUUGCAGGAAACGUACUGCAAAACGCAUAAAGCCACUAAAGUGCUGUUUCUGGGGAAUAUGAAAAUGCUCAUCACUACUGGGACCUCCAGAUAUAACAACAGACAAGUGACCUUGUGGGACCAGGAGGACCUCUCCGUGCCCUUGAUGCAGGAGGAUUUGGACUGCUCCUCAGGGGUCCUCUUUCCAUUUUAUGAUCCUGACACCCACAUGCUCUACAUUGCUGGCAAGGGAGAUGGCUACAUUAGGUACUACGAAAUCAGCUCCGAGAAGCCUUACCUGCACUUUUUGACGGAGUAUCGCUCCUAUUUACCUCAGAAAGGACUGGGAAUUAUGCCAAAGAGAGGCCUGGAGGUCUCGUCCUGUGAAGUCUUCCGGUUUUAUAAGUUAGUGACAAUCAAAAGCCUUAUCGAGCCUGUGUCCAUGAUCGUCCCUCGACGGUCCGAGUCGUACCAGGAGGACAUUUACCCGAUGACCGCUGGAUGUGAGCCCGCACUGUCCGCUGACGAGUGGAUCCAGGGAGCCAACAAAGAUCCCGUGCUGAUGUCCCUGAAACCCGGCAGCAAGAUCUCCAAAACGUGUCCUCUCAUAACCGAAAAAGAGCCAAUAAUUCCUCUGCAACCAAAGAGUUCUCAGAGCCACACUGGGCGCACGGAGGUCCCGUCGGUCCUACCGAACAAGGAGAGCAAAGACUCGAGGGAGCGGAGGCGGCUGGACGAGAGACCCCCGGAGAGGAGCCGCUUGGCUUACUCCAACGGCAUCGACCUCACGGAGUGUGCGCCGCCAAAAACGGAAAACGAGCUCUUACAGAUGUUCUACCGACAACAGGAGGAAAUCCGCCGACUGCGGGAAUUAUUGGGUCAGAGAGAGAUCUGGAUCAAACAGCUGGAGCUGGAAAUUAAAAAUGUUCGCAACUCGCCAUACUGAAGCCAUGGACUUAAAAGAAAGCUCAGAAAUAUUAAAAAAAAAGAGGCUUUACAAAAUUAAUGUUUGUAUAAUUCUAUAUUUUUAUUGAAAAAGAAUAAUGUUGACUUUUAAGCAGUACCGCUCAGGUACAUGGUGCACAUUUUUUAAAAUUUGUUUCUGUACAUAUUUUAUAAGUCAUAAUUCCUCUAUUGAUUUUCUACACUUAUUUAGGCUUGUUUUUGCUCAAUUCAUAUUUUUUACUUGUGUAAUCUUUCUGUUUUGUUUUUUAUGUUUUCUAUUUGCUGGCCCUGUCUCAUGUCCCCUUAUUGUCGCACUUUUCUGCCUCAUUUUAGUUAUCCGAUUGGCCCACUAGGUGGCAGCAGUUUUCCACCACCUCCGCAGUCGAGGAGAGAAUUUGGAAAGUUUGGCUUCCUUAAGGAUUUCCUUAUAAACCUAAAAAUCUUAACUGUUGUCAUGAAAAUGUGUUAACUUCCAUUAGGGCAAAAAAAAAAUCUUGAAAUAAAUUUUCAGUGCAUUUUUGGCUGUUUUGAUAACGUUUUAACACCCGCAUAUGUCUUUAAGACAACAUCCACUGAUCGGUACAAGCGCUUGCUUAAGUUUUUUUUUUUUAAUGAUCAAGCCGUCGCUAUUUUGGGUGGGGGGCACUAAAGCCGAUCAUACCGACCAAUUUCUUCAAAGAUGCCCUCUCUGGUCACUGCGCUCUGGCCGUGACCAUCAAUGCUUUGUGUACACACAAUCUCGUGCUAUUGUCCUCCCAAACUCCAUCCACGCUCCUACGUUUUCAGUCAAAGAGGCUGUCUCCACUUUUAGCUUUCGUCCAAACUGUCCCGGCGUUUUUAAACCCCGGAAACCUUUGAAAACGAGUCCUUGGGCUGCAUAUUUACGAAAAUGACGGCGCGGCGUUGUAAUCUGAAUAGGGAAAGGCGAUGAGAUUUGAAAAACAAGACAGCAGUCGCACUCUUAAUUGGUUCGUGCUUAUCACGUGGUACUCCCCCGAUUGGAUCCCGCUCAUUACAACGUCUCAUUCUCUGAUUGGUCGUUUUUCACGGACGAAAACGCUAUUCCAACAUGGCGGGCGUACAAGAGCUACUUAGCUGUGUGCAUCCAAAUUGCGUGUUGUACAGUGUGAAUGGUGCGCGCAUGCGUAGACGGCAAAACAACUUUCAGAUCGCUACAGUAAAUCUUGUAGCCGGUGCCGCUACAACCCCUUCAAGGGAUUUCACCCAUGCCCAGUGUCAGCGACCGUCUCCGCAUUAUGUGUUUCGGUUAUGUUAGUGCGGACAUUAAACGCCAGAGUGGGCGGAGAUCUAUUCACUUAAAAACGAAAUUAUGAAAUGAGAAAUGAAGUAAUGUAGA